GAUUGUCUGAUGAAAUAUUUCGGAGUUCGAUUAGCAAUCGUGACAAUAAAUUAGAAUUUAGCAAUGAAUAUUAGCAGUUAACAUAGUGCGUUUGCUUCAUAAUCAUUAAUUGAGUGAUCAAUAUUUUUAUUAAAUAUAAUAAAAAAAGGAUUUUAUUUAAAUAUUCUUUUAUAAAACUACAAUGUCUUUAUCACAGUUGCCUUUAUUUUUAAAAGGUCAAGUAGUAAACGGGUUCGGAAGAGGUUCAAAGGACUUAGGUUGUCCGACCGCAAAUUUUCCAAGGGAAGUGGCACAGUCUCUGCCAAAAGAUUUAAAAACUGGUGUGUAUUAUGGUUGGGCUAAAGUUGACUCGGGUCCCGUUUACAAGAUGGUUGUCAACAUUGGAUGGUGCCCGUUUUAUCAGAAUAAGGAGUUGUCCGUGGAAACUCAUGUUAUUCAUAACUUCGACGACGACUUUUAUGGUUCGAUCUUGAAGAUCUGUGUGCUGGGAUACUUGAGACCUGAAAAGAACUUUCCGUCGCUGAACAAUCUGAUAAGUGCUAUAAAACAGGAUAUUGAAGACGCUAAGCAAAAUUUGGACAUCAAAGAAAAUAUAAUAUUUAAAGAACAUGACUUUUUUAAAAAUUAAUUAGGUAUUUCGUUGACAAUGUGAAACCAAAGUAAGCAAAGAGGAAAUAAAUAGAAAAAUUUUGAUUUUUUUUAAAUAAAGAAUAAUAAUAGAUAAUACGCAAAAUUACCUUUUAAAACAUUUAUCAAAUUAUAUUUGAUAUAAGCUUAAUAUGAAAAUUAUUUACUUUGUUUGAAAUGUUUUUAUUUAUGAUUAUAACUUAUGAAUUAUGUAAAUAUAGAUAUUUCUUGUUAAAUGUCUCACUAUAAUGUAUUGUUAUUUACCGUUAACCCGCAAUUAUACCUACAGGGAAUUCCAUAUUGUGAUAUUUUCAUAUACACGCUGUUAUAUAGUGAAUAAAUAUACACAGAACUGUUUUA